GAGCAAGUGAAGGGAGAAGCUCUGUGUCCCGAGGUCGAUAACUGAGUGUCAGUAGUCAGAGUCGACCCGUGGCGGAUCAGACCCGAACGUGUUACUAUGAGCCAUCCGAGGAGCGUGACCCUAUUGGCCCUGGCGGCUUUUCUGGUCUCCGCCGAUGCAGCUGCUCUCUUGGGUGCACCUCCGUGCCCCGAUCAAUAUGGCGUUCAGGCGUACCCACAUCCCGAGACUUGCAACGCCUUCUUCCUAUGCACAAACGGCACCCUGACCCUCGAAUACUGCGAGAACGGACUGCUUUUCGAUGGCCAUGGAUCCGUGCACAAUCAUUGCAACUAUCACUGGGCCGUGCACUGCGGAGAUCGCAAGGCUGACCUCACACCACUUAGCACACCAGGUUGCGAACACCAAUUCGGCUUGUACCCUGCCAGCGAUGCGUGCAGCACCACGUACAUCAGGUGCAUUCACGGACACCCAGAAGAAGCGCAUUGCGACCCUGGAUUAGUGUACGAAGCGAAGAGCCACACGUGCGUCUGGCCAGAUCAACUGUUGCCCUACUGUAAUCCGGAGGAAAUUGUUGGAUUCAAGUGUCCUCACAAAGUACCAUCCCACAGCGCCGCUGCUAAAUUCUGGCCGUUCCCUAGAUUCCCGGUACCAGGUGAUUGCGGUAGACUGAUUACCUGCGUGGAAGGUUAUCCACGUCUAAUUACCUGCGGCGAUGGAAAACUCUUUGAUUCCGUGAGCUUGGCCUGUUUGGAUCCCGAUGAACUGCCUCAUUGCGCCAAUAAUCUAUGAAUAACAUAAAAAGGUCAGCAAGAUUCCAUAAAUCGUCACAGGAUCCUCAAAUCUGAACGUCGUCCUCGGUAACCUAACUGCUUAUUUGUGAAACGUGUAAAAUAGAAUUGUACAAAAUCGUCGUAUAGAAUGUAAACAGUGGUUUGUGUAACUCUAUAAGAAUACUACCGCCGAAAUUGAAACAUCAAAUUUCAAUUUAAUUAAAUUAUACAAAUUUCACGUUGGAGCAGAAAUAUGCAAGCUCGUUGGCUAUCGCUUUUAUAACCGAUAGAUUUUCGUGUUUGUUAUAGAUUACCUUAUCUCUGCUUCCACGUGAACGAUACAGCCUAGCCGGUAUCGUUUAUUUAAAAAUCAAUAAAAAGAAAUACUUAGUAAGAGAGAAACGUUAUGUACAACGAAUAUUCGAAUAAAAUGUGGCCACGAGUACAAAAAAAAAAAAAUAUACAA